GUGACAUGGUCUGACUGGUACAGUGCGUCUGUAUCACUGAUCUCAGACCGUUUGAGAGUUCACAUCAGAGAAACAUCACCAUGAAGAAUCUCUCACUACUCUUGUGUUCUUUGCUUCUGAAUGGUGUGUUUGGUGAUACAGAAGAUAAUGUGUCAGUGAAAGAGGGAGAUUCUGUCACACUACAGAUUAAUCCUGAGGUUAUAAACAGAGCUGAAGAUCUGUUGUUGUGGUUCAAUGACACAAAUGUAGCAAAGAUUGAUUUAGAGGUGAAAGAUAGUCAACCAAAAUACACUGAUGGGAGAUUCAGAGACAGACUGAAUCUGGACCGUCAGACUGGAUCUCUCAACAUCACACACAUCACAUCUAAAGACACUGGAGAAUAUAAACUGGAGAUCAUAAGGAAGGAUGGAACCAUAUACAAGACAUUCAGAGUUUUUGUCAUUGAAGAAUUGAUCAAAGUGUCAGUGAUGGAGGGAGAUUCUAUCACUCUAAAGACUGGUUCUACUGCAAAGAGAGAUGAUGUGAAGUGGAAGCUCAAUGGCACUGAUUUAACUGAUUCAAACCAUGAAGUGAAGAAUCAGACCGGAGACCUGAACAUCGUAAACAUCAGACGCGAUCAAUCUGGAGAUUAUAGAGUGGAAAUCAAUGGUAGAGGUUUCAUCUCACACAAGACAUACAGCGUUAAGAUCAGUGAUGAAGUGGAGUCAGUGUCAGUGAUCGAGGGAGAUGAUUAUACUCUACACACUGAUGCUACUCGUACAAAGACUGAAGAUGUGAUAGAGUGGAAGUUUAAAAACUCUCUCAUAGCUUAUUCAAACAAAACAACCUCCAAAGGCAGAUUUCAUAUAGACUCGGUUGGUUCUCUCAUCAUUACAAACAUCAGAUCUGAAGAUUCUGGACUUUAUGAUGUAUACAUCACUGGCAGCAAAAUCAUUCACAAGAGAUUCAAAGUUACUGUCACUGAACCCAGUCAGAGUUCACACUGGACUACAGCUGGUCCUGUAUUAGCAGUGGUCCUGCUGCUGCCGCUGCUGGUGGGGGUUUUAUAUGUAUUAUACAAGCGCUACAGGAAACGUGUUAGGUGUUGAAAUGCUUGAAUAUGGGAAAAAAGUCAAAAAGAAGAAGAGAAGGACACCGUUAAACAUUUGAAGAAUGAGGAAGAAUGAGGAGACUUCAACCAUCAAUAGCUCAUACAUUCUCUGAAUAUACAGAUGAUGACAAAAGACAAAAUAUUUUUCAAUGCUCAACAUUUUGUCUCAUUUUAAAUUAUGAGUCAUCCUGAGGCCCCCAUGAAUGUCAGCUGGGGCCCCAUGUUGAGAACCACUGGUUUAGAGACAUUACACCUUUUUUAGUAUAUAGGCUACUGGAUUUGUUUUUUUUGCGUGAUGGGAUGAAUUUAUUUAAAAUCAUGCAGAUGUAGUAUUUUUGUAAAUGUGUAUAUUUUAAGCAUGAUUGAUGUGCUAUUGUUUUUACUCAGCCUGUGCUACAGCAAAAAUAGACUCAAUGUGUAAAAGAUCAUUACACUGCUGUUCUCUCUCUAUCUCUCUCUCUCUCAAAUAACGAAGUCAAUUUAGGUUUCAAUUGAAGGAAAAGUUCCAUAAAUGUUGAUGUUGUCAUUAAUGUUAUCUGUAGUCACACUUAACACACAGUAGAGCUAUUCUGUACACUGGGGGAUAUUUUGUGUUGAUCUGCUCUCACUUCUCAUUUGAUGAACUUUAUUUUUAUUAAGUUUAUUUCCAGACAACCACUUCAUGUACAAAUUUUCAACAGUGGUGCGAAUAAAUGAUGAUUUGAGUGUAAUGUUGUAAACAACUUCAGCAUAUGACUUGAAACACACCAAGACCCUUUCAUCCGUCUGGGACGAGUAAAUGACAUUGAUCAUUCUAAAGAAGUCAUUAAUGUACAUUUUAAUAAAUGUAUGAUUAUUCAAUUUAUAAAACAUUACUGGUUA